AGAAACGUAUCAUGCAGGCCAUGAUCGAGCAAGUUUAUCCUCAUGUGCUUGCUCAUGUGUUUCGUGCUCUUCGACUUCCAUUCGCACACGUUCACGGAGAGGUUUUGUUGCGGAUUGGUUUAUAUUGCGAAACACAAAUUCAACUGAACAGUUGUGGGAAAUGGUCAUUGGCAAGGCGUGUCAGGCUUGAGUGUUUCGAGUGACGCAAGGAAGGAAAGAAGGAACGGAGAUUUCAUCCGGCGACGAGUCAGAGUCGUAAUUUGAAUUUAUUUUUAGUUAGAAACAAAGUGUCCGCAGGAGCGCCGCCCCGCUGCCGCCACCAUGCCGGCCGAGAUGAAGGUCUACUCGCUGAAGGAGGUGGAGGAGCACGCCAGCGACAAGGACGUCUGGAUGGUCAUCCACGACAGGGUCUACAACGUCACCAAGUUCCUCGACGAGCACCCUGGCGGAGAGGAGGUGCUCAAGGACAUGGCCGGGAAGGUGGCCACGGAAAACUUUGAGGACGUGGGCCACUCGACCGACGCCCGCGAGAUGAUGAAGGAGUUCCAGAUCGGCGAGCUCGCCGAGGAGGACAAACAGCACACCAAGGAGAAGGUGUUCACGUGGUCGUCCAGCGACCCGGCGCCCAGCGGCGGAGCCAUGAACUGGGUGGCACCGAUAGUGGCCGCCCUCGUGGUCGCCCUCGUCUACCGGCUCUACGUGGCGUGAGCGGCGCGACUAUCGGUGCGGCUCGGCCGCGGACUUCAUACCGGUCACUGCGGACGAACGGGGGCAGCCUGCGGCGUAGUAGCGGCCGGCCCGGCAGCCAACUGGUGGCGCCACCUACAACGUUCGUGUGGCGGAGCUAGCGCCACCUGUGUGGUGUCAUCGUGCAGUUAAUGGAAAAUGUCUCGGGUAUCGUCAAUGCUGCAAUCCGGCUAUGCGGUAGCUGGUCAACGAUCGACGCGGGGUGUGAGCGAGUGUGGGACUCUUAUUUUUGUAUGCUCCUUACACCGGUCUUGUCGCCGUGUUUAUUUUAAUCGACGAAGCUUGUAUCUAUGAUUGUGUGCCAGUGAGCGUGACGCGUGCGGCCACUGACGGCGGGCAUUGGGCGGGGGAGGCCGGCUGCCGCGCCGGUGCCGAGGAGCGCGGGUGUCGUUAUGAUGUACAACUGCUGAUAAAUAUACUCUGUUCGAGCGUA